AUGUGGGCGUCUGUUUCCCUUCGGGCUAUUUUCAUGGAACUGGAUGCCCUACCCCAUCUCAUGUCCUCUCCGCACACUGCGCAACUGCAAAUCCAUUUCGUCGUCGUAGGCGGUGGCAUCGGAGGCCUGGCGUGUGCCUACGCGCUGGCGAUUGCCGGGCACGACGUGACGCUGAUCGAGAAAAGCGCCUUGGACGCCAAGACCCAAGGCAGCGUGCGAUGCCCCCCGAAUGUGACCCGCCUCCUUUUGCAGUGGCCGGGAACCGCCGAACUCUUCAAGGAGUCCGCGACUACAAUUUCGGGAUUGUCGUUCAGGGACGGUCAGACGGGCGAGCCGAUCGGCUUCAUGCGGUUCUACGAGGAAAUCAUCUCGGACCUCCAGGCUGAUUUCUUCGCGCUCAAGCACGACGACCUGAGGCGCCACCUCGUUUCUCUCUGCGUGAGCAGUGGACGAGUCGAAUUCGUCCGCGGGCAUGUCGUGGGCUCGCCGAAGGAGUCCGUCGACGGCCACGUUUCGGUGACGCUGCAGAACGGCCGGGUAAUUUCCGGAGACCUCAUCGUUGGUGCGGAUGGCCAUCAGAGCAUUGUCCGAAAACUUUUCUUCGACGAGCAAGAACAUUCGGAUCUCAUUGUUACUGGCGCCAGUCUGGUGAUUCCUACCCAAGCUGUUGUAGACCGCGGUCUUGCCAACGAACACGAGACUACUAGCGAAACCUUUUAUCUCGGAAUCUGCACCCCUCGCUCGGUCGCGGCUCUCAACUGCGACUGGUUCAAGAGUUACGACAACAGUUUUCUCCCUGCCUUUGAUCUAACUGGGUAUGACCCUCGUCUCAGGGAGUUGAUUGAAUGUGCUAUCGAUUGCCAUCCUACGGUCCAAACAGUCUACGAGGACCGUGAUGUUGUGGCACCCAAUUCCCGGGUCAUUCUCAUCGGCGACGCGGCCAAUUCUACAUUGCUGCACGGAACGCACAACACCUCGAUGGCUAUCGAAGACGCCGUGACUUUGGGCUCCCUCUUCUCGAGGUUGAGCAAGCGUGAACAGAUCGACAUCGCAAUCGAGGCGUACGAGGACCUGCGUCAGACCCGGGUGGAGCAGACUCAGGAAUCCGAGUACGCGUCUCUGCACCAGAUCAGUCUCCCGGACGGCGUUGAGCGCCAGCGCCGCGACGCCGUGUUGGAAUUGACGCUCCGGCCAGAAUACGAGAGCUUCGAGGACUGCAGCGACUCGGACGACCUGAUCGAAACUUGGGAGCCGUACCUGGCCGUGUUCAACUACGACGCCAUCGAGGCCGUCGACGAUUGGUUCUCCCAGCUGGCCUUCAUCUUCAACGAUGUGCCUGACGUCGUGGUGUGAUGUGUCGUUGGUGCCAAGUCCUCAAAAAUACCCUCAUUUGCUCGUACAUAAUCUGGAUUGUAGAUCACUUGUAUAAUAAUACGUCCCCAGUUGUUACCCAAUUCAUCUAUCUUGUGAUACUCCAG